AUGGCCAUUUUUGUGAGCACAAACAACACAAUCUAUGUUGCUAAUCGAGAAAAUAACACAAUUGUAAUAUGGCACGAAGACAGUGUCAGUCCAAAAAAGAUCAUUCCCGGUAAUUUUACAAGAUCCUAUUGUCUCUUCGUGACAUCAAAUGGUGAUAUUUAUAUUGAUGAUGGUGAAAGGAAUGGUCGAGUGCAGAAAUGGAUAGCAGAAGCAAGUACCUUUAUUACGGUGAUGAAUGUCAGUUCACGAUGUACUAGUUUGUUUGUUGAUAUCAAUGAUACUCUUUACUGUUCAAUGAACGAUCAUCAUCAAGUAGUGAAAAGAUCAUUAAAUGAUGCUGUGAUGAAUGCAAAUCGUAUUGCUGCUGGAACAGGUAUGAAAGGACCACACUCGGAUCAUCUCAGUGGUCCUCUUGGAAUCUUUAUCGAUGUGAAUUUCGAUUUAUAUGUGGCAGAUUCUUUCAAUGAUCGAGUUCAGUUAUUCCACUCAGGAGAAUUAAAUGGUACUACAGUGGCUGGAAGCUUAACGUUCCCUCGAACAAUUACACUUCUUUUACCAAGUGCAAUUGUAUUAGAUGCUGAAAAAUACUUAUUCAUUGUGGAUGAAGGCAGUAGUCGCAUUUUUCGUUCAGGCUUGGAUGGUUUUCGAUGUUUAGUUGGAUGUUAUGCAGUAAGUUCAAAAUCCAAUCAAUUGAAUAAUCCAGUUGGUUUGAGUUUCGAUCAUUCUGGAAACAUGUUUGUUACUGAUCGAGGAAAUGAUCGAAUUCAAAAAUUUAAGUAUUUAAAAAAAUCUUGUGGUACUCCAGUAAAUAUUCAAUUGAUAUAUUCAUCAAAAUUAACUCAUGAUAGCCCAACAUAUUAUCGAGAUUGUCAAGUACCACAAUGUCAUUAUGAAACUUUACAAAUUCAUGUUAAUACAGCGGGUUUGUAUAUCCUUUGGAGUGAAAGUAAUAUUAAUCCAUAUGCAUAUAUCUAUAAAAAUGAUUUUAAUCCUCUAAAACCAUCUGAAAACUUACUUCUGUCACAUGACGGCACAUGUAAUGAUGGUCAAUUCAAAUUAAUUAUCGAUCUUGAGAUCAACACUCGAUACGUAUUAGUCGUAACAACACACUAUUCUAAAAUAAUUGGGAACUUUUCUGUUUAUAUCUCUGGACCAAACAAUGUCAGUCUUAGUCCUUUCAGUAAGUAUUUAUAUGAUUCAUUCGAUAACAAAUAUGUAAUGGCAUGA